UGGGACACCGCGGGCCAGGAGCGCUUCAGGUGCAUGACCAGGUCUUUUUACCGGAAUGUGGUGGGUGUCCUGCUGGUCUUCGAUGUGACAAACAGGAAGUCCUUCGAACACAUUCCAGACUGGCACCAGGAGGUCAUGGCCACUCAGGGCCCCCACAAGGCAGUCUUCCUGCUCCUGGGCCACAAGAGCGACCUGGAGAGCGACCGCUGUGUCUCGGCCCAGGAGGCAGAGGAGCUGGCUGCCUCCCUGGGCAUGGCCUUCAUGGAAACCUCAGCCAAAAAGAACUGCAAUGUGGACCAAGCUUUCCAGACACUUGCCAACGCCAUCCAGCAGGCCCUGCAGCAGGGGGACCUCAAGCUGGAGGAGGACUGGGGGGGCAUCCGGCUCAUCAAGCCUCAAAUCCCCAGGCUCCCCAGCAGGAAGCAGCAUGCAGGCCCCUGCCAGUGUUGACUCUGGGAGGGAAGGGGUUAAACCAGUGCCAACCUCAGACGUGCUGGUGGGAUGGGGACUGUUUCUCCAAAGGGCGAAAGCGGAAUAUCCCGGAAGGGAUCAUAUAAACAAUAUCCUGGCCUAGUCAUGGCUCCUGAAUCUGGGCUCUUGGAGCUCAGGUCGAGGCUCCGGCCAGGUGGCUCAGCUGGUUAGAGUGUCGUCCCAAUCCGCCAAGGUUGUCCGUUAGAUCACAUACAAGUAUCAACCAAAGAAUGCACAAAUAGCGGAACAAUAAAUCAGUGUCUCUCCCUUCCUCCCUCUCUAAAAUCAAUCAACAAAAGAAAGUUCUAGAGGCAGGUAUACAGCUCCCUGUUGAGCCUGCUUAGUCAUAAAACACCCUGCCUCAAGGGAGUAGGGGGUGGGGAGGUGCAUGAAUGAGAUAAUGGAUGGGAUACGCUCAGCC